CAGCCAACAAUUCUUUUAAUUUAAAGCUUCAAAUAAAGAAACUCCAUCUUCUUCUGCAAAAUAAAAAUGGAUUGUUCAAUUUGUAGUUCAAUGCCAUUUAUUCUAAGGCCUCCAAGGAAUACAAUAUGUGGGGCUUGCUAUGAAGGUGCAAGAAAUGUCAUCACUUUGAUGAACAAGCUCGAAAUUGAUCAUCACUGUAAAUCAACUCCUACUGCAUCUUCUUCACCCAGUUCUUGUAAGCCACUUGGAAAUCUUAGCAAAUGGAUAACAAACAUGAAGGAGAUAGAAGAAGAUCUGAACAAGAAAAUAAGCUUCUUGAGUGGACUUAUUGUGGCUUUUAGAGAUCAAAUUCACACUGAUAUUCAGCUCAAGCCUGGAAAUGAUGGUCCAACCAUACCAGCACACAGAGCUUUACUUGCAGCAAGAUCAGAGAUAUUCAGGAACAUGCUGGAUUCAGACGGCUGCAAAGCUCCACCAAGUGAUACAAUUACUCUACCGGAGUUGAACACCGAAGAACUUGAAUCUCUUCUUGAGUUUCUUUACAGUGGAAACCUGGAUUCGGACAAACUCGAGAAACAUGUCUACUCGUUGUUCGUCGCCGCCGAUAAGUACGAGAUUCCCUACUUGCAGGAUUUCUGCGAAAGAUACAUGUUGAGCUCGUUGAACGCGUCCAAUGUUCUUGAGAUUUUAGAGAUCUCAGAUAUUUGUUCCAACAAGACAUUGAAGGAAACAGCAUUGAACUUCAUUGUCCGAAACAUGGAGGACAUUGUUUUUUCGGGUAAGUACGAUGUGUUUGCACCCAAGAAUCCUCAUCUUGGUUUGCAGAUUACAAGGGCGUUUUUAAUGGAUGCCAAAACCAAAAGAAUUAAUGGAGUUUGAUCAUCAACUUCUUGUGUAUGUAAACAAAUCAAUGGCCCUUUUC